AUGGAGAUAAAUGUUGUGCGAUUCUCCGAAGAGUACUACACCGUUUCGGAGGAGGAGGAAGCGGCUCUUCUGGAUUUCGGGCCACGCGAGGUUGUAUUCCAGAAGUCAAAGGAAUCGUACAAUCACUUGAAAGCCCUUUAUAUGAGGGGGCACAUUAAUGGAAGACCGAUUUCUCGCAUGCUUGUUGAUGGAGGGGCAAUAGUAAAUUUGAUGCCCUAUUCAUUGUACAAGAAGCUUGGAGGGACAGAUGAAGAGCUAAUCAAGACGAACAUAACGGUCAGCGGCAUAGGUGGAGUCGACCCUAUUGGUGCUAAAGGGGUGGCUUCGAUGGAGUUGACCGUGGGAAGCAAGACGCUAGCAACAGCCUUCUUCGUCUCCGAGGUGCAAGGGCAUCGCUUCAUGUUGGCAGCGACGGAUUAUUUUACUAAAUGGACCGAAGCGGUACCUUUGAAGAAUAUGACACAUAGAGAGGUAAUUGAGUUCAUUACGGAUCAUAUUAUUCAUAAAUUCGGCAUUCCUCAAACUUUGACAAUAGAUCAAGGUUCGUCAUUUAUUUCAAAGGAGGUACGAGAAUUUGCCGAAUCUUACAAAAUUAAGAUAUUCCAUUCAUCUCCAUAUUAUGCUCAGGCCAAUGGUCAGGCCGAGUCUAGUAGCAAGAUUUUGAUAAAGCUCAUCAAGAAAAAGAUAGAAGAAAAUCCUAAGAGGUGGCAUGAGGUUUUAUCCGAAGCAUUAUGGGCUCAUCGUAUAUCUAGACAUGGUGCUACUAAAGUUAUUCCUUUUAAGCUUGUUUAUGGUCAAGAGGCCGUUUUACCCAUUGAGGUAAAUCUGGACGCUUAUAGAUUGGCUAAACAAAAUGACCUUUUCGCUGUUGAUUAUCAUGACUUGAUGAUGGAUAAUAUUGAUGAAGUGAGCGACAAGCGGUUGCAAGCUUUGAAGGAAAUUGAGAAGGACAAGCUUCGGAUGGCUAAAGCUUAUAACAAGAAGGUAAGGCCUAAAUCUUUUCAAAUUGGUGAGCUAGUUUGGAAGACAAUUCUGCCUCUUAGGACAAAGAGCAAUAAGUUUGGCAAGUGGUCGCCGGCUUGGGAUGGUCCAUACAAGAUUGUCAAUGUUAUCUUCGGAAAUUCUUAUAUGGUGGAGACGCUACAAGGAGAAUGUCUACCCAGGGCGCUGAAUGGGAGAUACUUGAAGAAAUACUACCCAAGUGUUUGGCAAGACGCUUGA